CCGUCAGUGUGUGCGUGUGUAUUCGCGUUUUCAGUAAUUUCGAAAAAAAUUUUGUAUAUUUGAUGGCGACAGCGACGUUACUCACAAGAAACUCGCGCGUUUGUCGAAAAAUCGUAGCGCGUACGUAUAUAUCGGUGUGUAGAAAUUACUAAAAAUUAUGUUGCAACUUUUUAACAGUCGUGUACAAUCUGCAUGUUGUAUAUGUUCGAUUUAAAUGCAACAACAGUGGCAAGCAACGCAACACAGUUUUAAGCAACGACCGCAGCAACAACAAGCAAAACCGACAAGCUAAACUUGGCCGAAAGCAACAAAGGCCAGCCAACAACAGGAGAAGCAGCAAAAAAGCCAGAACCAGCAGCAGCAGCAGCAGCGCGGCCAUAAACAAAACUCAAAAUCAAAAAUCCCCCGGAUAUACACGGAUACGGCUGCCCACAGAGCGUGUGGAUAUCGCCGAAAAGCGGAGGAAGCCCAGGGAAUCCCCGGGAAAUACCCUUAAAGCCAGCCGCCGGCGCUAGGUAUCGUGGAACUGACAACGCAGGAUUCUCGGACACCACAAUGCCUCCGGUAGCAGUCGCCGUCGCUAAAUCCUUGGCCCUCGGAUCAGCUGAAGCCAGUAGAUUCCAAUGAGAGGAGCCUGGGCCCUGAGAAUCUGGAGCAGGCGAGUGCACAGACAUUGCUGAGCAUGAAGCAGCCACUACGGACCACUACACAGCAUUAUCCCUUGAACAAGAAGAGAUUUUUAUCGAAAGCCAGGAGAGGAGCAGCCGGAUCAGGAGCUGAGAAAACGAUAGCCGGCGGCGGAGGAACACCAGGAGUUGGAGUCGCAGUUGGAACAGCCGCAGGAGAAGGCGCAGCCAGUCGCAGGAGGAGGAGGUGGUCACCGGCCACAUAAGACUAGUCCCCCCCUCCCCAAAACCCACUGAAUCCCCUCCCAAUUAUCCGUGCGAAGGGAAAUCGAACGGAGGAGCCAAGCGGAGGACAAGGAGGAGCGCAGGAGGAGACGGAGACGGCCCGUGUGUGUGUGUGUGUGUGUUUAGGUGGAGUGUGUGUGUCGGCCGUCUCAGUCGGAUAACCAUCAGCCCAGGUCCCCAGUCCGCAGACUCGCAGAUCCACAUCCCAAGCUGAAGCACCAGAAACACCACCACCACCGCCACCGCAGGAACCACAUCCACCACCAGCACCAGCACCAGCACCACCUCCAGCACCAGCACCAGCAGCACCACCAUGUCGUCCAAUGAGCCACCGCCUCGUUACGAGCCACCCGUGGAGCCAGUCAAUGGCAUUGUACAGCCACCGGUGGUGCCGCCAGCGGAGCGACCCGGCCGCAAUACGAACCAAUUGCAAUAUCUGAUCAAGACGGUGAUGAAGGUGAUAUGGAAGCACCACUUCUCGUGGCCCUUCCAACAGCCCGUCGAUGCCAAGAAGCUCAACCUGCCCGACUACCACAAGAUCAUCAAGCAGCCCAUGGACAUGGGCACGAUCAAGAAGCGGCUGGAGAACAACUACUAUUGGUCUGCCAAGGAGACCAUACACGACUUCAACACGAUGUUCAACAAUUGCUAUGUCUACAACAAGCCCGGCGAGGAUGUCGUUGUGAUGGCCCAGACGCUCGAGAAGGUCUUCCUGCAGAAGAUCGAAUCGAUGCCCAAGGAGGAGCUCGAACUGGAGCCGGUCACGGCCAAGGGCGGCAAGAAGAAGCAACGGGCGCCGGCUACGCCCAAGACAUUGUCAACGGCCGUGGGCGCUGGAGCCACCAGCGGUUCCGGUACAGCCUCCUCGGCAGCAGUUAACAGCGGAGCGGGAAGUGGCUCCACCAAGGUGUCAGCUGCCGCCUCAUCCGCGCAACAGUCCGGCCUGCAAGGAGCGACGGGUGCGGUCUCGGCGGGCACGCCAGGAGCCCAGGCGGGUUCCGGUGCGGGAGGAGCGACCGCCGCCCGACCCGUAUCCGCCAUGGGCGGCACGGUUUCAUCGACGGCCGGCGGUGCACCGUCCAUACCACCGAUUAGCACAAUGCCACCGCACACGGUACCCGGCAGUACCAAUACGACGACGACAGCGAUGGCUGGCGCCGCUGGAGGAGCAGGUGCGGCCGCAGGCAAUCCCAAUGCCGCCGCCCUGAUGGCCAGCCUCCUGAAUGCGGGCCAAACGGGCGCCUAUCCCGGCGCCCCUGGCCAGACGGCGGUCAACAGCUCCUCGCUUCUGGAUGGCAGCACGGCCGCAGCAGCAGCAGCAGCGGCAGCGGCGGCGGCGGGCGUGGGCGGUGCAGCGGGAGCAGCCGGCGGAGCGGCGGGCGCCGGAGUGACAAUACCAUCUGUGGCCGUCAAUGCCGCCAACGCCGUUCAGGCCUAUGUGAAUGCGGGCGUGAGCGUUGGCGUGGACGCCGUGAUACCGCCGCAGCAGCCCGCCAAAAUCAAGAAGGGCGUCAAGCGGAAGGCGGACACCACCACGCCGACGGCCAAUGCCUUUGAAUCGCCUUACGCGCAAAUGGACUCCAAAUCGGCCAAGAUUGCGACGCGGCGGGAGUCGAAUCGUCAGGUAAUUGGCAAGAAGGGCUCGGGAUACAAUAUGUCGCCGCUGGGCGUCUCCGGAGUGCCCGGACUUGGCGGUCUGGUUGCCGGCGGCGUGGCCGGCGUUGCGGUGGCCAAGAACAAGGAGAAGCUAUCGGAUGCGCUCAAGUCGUGCAACGAGAUCCUCAAGGAGCUCUUCUCGAAGAAGCACUCGGGCUACGCCUGGCCCUUCUACAAGCCCGUGGACGCGGAAAUGCUCGGCCUGCACGACUACCACGACAUCAUCAAGAAGCCCAUGGACCUGGGCACUGUCAAGCGGAAAAUGGACAAUCGCGAGUACAAGAGCGCGCCGGAAUUUGCCGCCGACGUGCGAUUAAUAUUCACCAACUGCUACAAGUACAAUCCGCCAGAUCACGAUGUCGUGGCCAUGGGCCGCAAGCUGCAGGACGUCUUUGAGAUGCGCUACGCCAACAUCCCCGACGAGCCGGUGGCCAAUGCGGCCCACCAUCACGGCCACGGCCAUGGGCAUGGCCAUGGACACGGCCACGGCCACGGGCAUGGCCACGGACAUGGCCACGGGCACGGCUACGGCGGUGCCCUCAAGCACGAUGCCAGCGAUUCGUCCAGCGAGGACUCCAGCGACACGGAGAACGAAUCCAACUCGGACGAGGAGCGCAGCGCCAAGCUGAAAAUGCUCGAGUCCAAGCUGCUGGGCCUGCAGGAGGAGAUCCGCAAGCUCUCCGAGGAGGCCUCCGCCAAGAAGAAGGCGAAGAAGAAACUCAAGGAGAAGAAGAAGUCGAUGGGCGGCGGCUCGGGCUCUGGCUCGGCCUCGCAUCAUGGUCACGCCUCGGGCGGCGGUGCAAAUGCUGGCGGAGCAGGCGGCGCUGGUUCCGGUGCCCAUUCGGGCGGCGUCUCCGUGCCGGGCGGUGUCGGCGGAGCCCUGGGUGCCGGCGGUGCGGGCGGCGCCAAUCUCAACGCACUGCUCAGUGGUUCGUUGGUUGGUCCGGGCGGAGCAGCUGUCCCACCCGGCGUGCCCACACUCAGCCAGGUUCACGACGCCCUAGCGACCUUUGGCCAGCUGGCGGGCGGCGGUGCCGCGGCCGGUGGCGGCUUUGGUGCCGGUGUGACAGCAUCGGGCGCCUCGGCGGGCGGCAAGGCGGGCACCCUGGCCGGCGCUCUGGCAGCGGGCGCGGCGGCAGGCGCCGGCGGUACAUCCGGCAGCGGCGGCGGCAGCAGUAAAGGUGCUAAGAGCAAGGGCGGACGCGGCGCCAAGGGCAGCGGAGGCGGCGGCGUUGGAGGUAGCAAUAACGCCGCUGCUGGCAAUGCGGCAGGCGGUGCAGCGGGCGCUGCGGCCGGCGCUGGAGCCGUCGGAGCUGUUGGCGGUGCAGGAGCAGCGAGCGGCGGCAACGCCUCCAAGCGGGCCAAGGGCAGUAGUUCGGCGGGCGCUGGCGGCGCUGUUGGCGGUGCGAAUGCCAGCACCGGUGGCGCCGGGGCGCGCGGCAGCAGCAAGAAGAAGCCCAGCCAGGUGAUGAACUUCGACUCCGAGGAGGAGGACACGGCCAAGCCAAUGUCGUACGAUGAGAAGCGCCAGCUGUCGCUCGACAUCAACAAGUUGCCAGGCGACAAGCUGGGCCGUGUGGUGCACAUCAUCCAGAACCGGGAGCCAUCGCUGCGUGACUCCAAUCCCGACGAGAUCGAGAUCGACUUCGAGACGCUGAAGCCGUCGACGCUGCGCGAGCUUGAAAGCUAUGUGGCGUCGUGUUUGCGCAAAAAAACACGUAAGCCAUAUUAUAAAAAGCCUUCCGGCAAGUCGAAGGACGAGCAGAUGGCCGAGAAGAAGCAGGAGCUGGAGAAGCGCCUGCAGGAUGUCACCGGCCAGCUGGGGGCAAGCAAGAAAAACGCCAAGAAAGAUGAGUCCGCUUCGAACAAGGUCGAGGCAGUGCAGCCGGCGAAUCCCGUGUCAUCGAGUUCCAGUUCCAGCGAUUCAUCGUCGUCGAGUUCGAGUGAUAGCAGUUCGAGUGACUCGAGCGACAGUGAAGCAGGUGAUGGUGACGAUCGACCGCCGCGCAAGAAAAAAUCCCGAGACUCAAAUGGAGGCAAUGUAAAUAAUCCAAGUAUAAAUGUGGUUCUGGGCGGCAACCAUCCGAGUGGCGCCCUCACGCCGACGACCAUGCUGAUGGGCCUGGACCAUGUGGUGAACUCCAACACGCCCACAUCGCAAAUGUCCAACAUGCUAGGCAAUGCCAACACCCUGAUGGCGGCUGCCAUGCUAAACAACAACAACAAGACAACGCUGCCGGGCAGCAAUUUCGGCGGUGCGCCCACUGCCGGUGCCGGCAACAUGUUGUACGCCGGCGGCGGUCCAGUGGCCGGUGCUGCGGUUCCUGGGGCGACGGGGCAGCAGCAACAGCAGCAGCACAACAAGAACGGACCAAAUGAACUGAGCAAAGUGCCGCCGGGUGGCUCCAUCACCGCCGCCCUGCCGCCGCACAGCUUCGCCGGAGGAUCAGCAUCGGCGGCAGCAGCAGCAGCAGCAGCAGUGGCCACCAGUCAGUCGAGCGGCGGCAUUCGCAUAGCCAGCAAUCUGCACAAGCCGGCCGGCCUGGGUGGCGGUGAUCUUGGCGAGCAUCAUGCGGCGCUGGCGGCUGCCCUGACGUCCGGCGUUAACAGCACCGGCGGCGGCACCUCUGGCGGCGGCAACACCGGCAGCAGCAACAACAACGGCGGCAGCAGCAAUAACAACACUAACCCACUGGGCGGACCACAUGGGGAUGCGAUGGCCAAUGCCUCGCUGGCCUCGGGUCUCAAGCAGAUACCGCAGUUCGAUGAUCCCGUUGAGCAGUCGCUGGCCUCCCUGGAGUUCAGCGCCGGCUCCACGGGCAAGUCAUCGCUGCCUGACAACUUUUUGAUGCAGCAGCAUCUGAUGCAGCCCGCCGGACCACAGCAGCAGCAGCAGCAACCCUUUGGCCAACAGCAGCAGCAGCAACAACAGCAGCAGCAGCACAUGGACUACGUGACAGAGCUGCUGACCAAGGGGGCGGAGAGUGUGGGCAGCAUGAAUGGCAACCACCUGCUGAACUUCAAUCUGGACAUGGCGGCGGCCGCCUACCAGCAAAAGCAUCCCCAGCAGCAGCAGCAGCAGCAGCAACAACAGCAGCAGCAACAGCAGCAGCAGCAGGCGCACAACAAUGGCUUCAACGUGGCUGACUUCGGCAUGUCCGGAUUCGAUGGCCUCAAUAUGACAGCGGCCUCAUUCCUCGAUCUGGAGCACACGUUCCAGCAGCAACAGAUGCAACUGCAGCCGCAACAGCAACAGCAGACGCACCAGCAGCAGCAGCAACACCACCAGCAACAGCAGCAGCAACUCACCCAGCAGCAGCAACAGCUGCAGCAACAUCUGCAGCAGCAGCAACAGCAGCUGCAUCAGCAGAUCAACCAGCAGAUCCAUCAGCAGCAGCAGAUGGCCAACAAGCUGCUGAUCAUACCCAAGCCCAUCGAAUCGAUGAUGCCCAGUCCGCCGGACAAGCAGCAAUUGCAGCAGCACCAGAAGGUGCUGCCGCCACAGCAGUCGCCCUCGGACAUGAAGCUGCAGUCCGGUCAGGCGGCUGCGGCGGCAGCUGCCUCAGCGCAGGGCAAGCUGCUGCAGGCGGCCUUCAAGGCGGCCAACGACCAGAACCUGAAGAAUGCCAGCUCGUGGUCCUCGCUGGCGUCGGCGAACUCCCCGCAGUCGCACACGUCGAGCAGCUCGAGCAGCAGCAAGGCAAAGCCGGCCAUGGACUCGUUCCAGCAGUUCCGCAACAAAGCCAAAGAACGCGACCGUCUCAAGCUGCUGGAGGCGGCCGAGAAGGAGAAGAAGAACCAAAAGGAGGCCGCCGAGAAGGAGCAGCAGCGCAAGCACCACAAGUCCUCGUCCUCGUCCUCGUCGGCUGCGGCCGCCUCCGCCCAGGCAGCGGCUGUUGCAGCCGCCUCGUUGGCCGAGGCGGUGGCCCUGGGAGCCGCAGCGACGGGGGCCGUGGCCUCCAAUGCGUCUAGUGCCUCGGGCGGCAGCAGCAGUGGAGGCGGAGGUGGCGCUGGCGGCGGUCCGGCCAGCAACCAGGCGAUCAGCGGCGACCGCGAGCGUGAUAGGGACCGCGAGCGGGAGCGUGAGCGUUCCGGCAGCGGUGGCGGUCAGUCCGGCAACGGGAACAACAGCAGCAAUUCGGCCAAUAGCAAUGGUCCCGGCAGUGCGGGCAGCGGCGGCAGUGGCGGCGGCGGCGGAGGCAGUGGCCCGGCCAGCGCCGGUGGACCGAACAGCGGCGGCGGCAAUGCCAACAGCAACAGCGGCGGCGGACCGGCCCUGCUCAAUGCCGGCAGCAAUAGCAACAGUGGCGUAGGCAGCGGCGGCGCUGCCAGUAGCAACAGCAAUAGCAGCGUCGGCGGCAUCGUGGGCAGCGGCGGACCGGGCUCCAACAGCCAGGGCAGCAGUGGCGGCGGCGGAGGUCCUGCCAGCGGCGGCAUGGGCGUUGAUUACCUGAUAACGCGGUGUGCGCCCCAGAAUCGGUCGCAGGAGGUGGCCACCGCUGUGGCCGUGCAGGCGUUCCUAGCUGCCUCGCCCCUGGGCGCCAUGGAAAGCGGAAGAAAAAGCGUGCACGAUGCCCAGCCGCAGAUAUCGCGGGUGGAUGACAUCAAGGCGUCGCCGGGCGGACAGGGCCAGAGUUCGCCGGCCCAGCAAUCGCCGCAGGAUCGGGCGGCCGCCAAGCGUGCCGAGCAGCGGCGGGCCGAGCAGGAGCGGCGCAGGCGCGAAGCGAUGGCUGGCCAAAUCGAUAUGAACAUGCAGAGCGAUCUCAUGGCUGCCUUCGAGGAGACGCUGUAGGCCAAGGCCCGGAGAAAGUCGACCAACCGGGGCAUUAGCGUCAACGGCAUCACCUCAUCCACCACCACCACCACCACCACCACCACCACCACCAGCACCACCUCAUCAUCAUCCACCGCCAGCACCUGCGGCGGGCAAUCGAAACGGCGAUCCAAGCGCCAGCCAUGGACCACGUUGGACGACGGCUUGCAGGAGCAGCAGCAGAAGCAGAUGCAGAAGCAACACGGCUAGGACAGCGACAACAACGACGACAGUUCGCCACAGAACUGUUUGAGCAAAAAAACCAACCAAGCAACAAGCAACCAACAAACAAAAGAAACAAACAGCAUAGGCUAAAACCAAUAAAGCAAUGUUCUAAGGCGUAAUUAAAAUACGUACAUUUAGUGAGUACAUAUAUAAAGCGUAAAGCAUAUGCGGAGAGAGCGAGCAAGCAAAAAAGAAGAAAGAAAGCAACAUCCAGCAACAAUACACAACAGAAUAUGGCAAAUUUCCUUCGGUUAGCAAUUGAUUCUUCACCACUUUUUUAAAAAUCAUUACAAUUACGAUGGAUCGUGGCGACACGGAGGUCAGCGCACGGUUCCAAAGCUUAUUAUUUUUAAUAUUAUUGAUUGCGUAGGCAAGUUUAGUUUGUAGCUGUAAACCUAAUAUUAAUAAUGCUUAUUUUUUUUCCUAAUUGUAACACACACCUAUGCUUAGAGUUGUUAACUAAUUUAAAAACGAAAAAACAAACAAAAAACAAACAAAACAAACCAGAAAAGCCCAACAAAAAAAGAACAAACAAACAAACAAACAAAGAAAACAAUUCGAAACGAAAUCAAUUCAAGAUAUAUAACCACAAGGGUAUGGCUCAGUCGCAGAUGUCUGAACCCGAAAUCCAGCAUGCACAUCACCCACCCACACACACUCUCACACACCUGUAAUUAAACACACGCGAAAGGAGCACUCGCACACACACCGGCAGAUCCUGCACGAUCCGCAGAACCAGAACCACUCCAUCUAGUAGUUUAAAGUCGAGAACGGAUGCGGAAACAAAUUUAGUUAUUAAGUAGCCACAACGUUUUUUGUAUAUGACGCGCCCAAGCAAAAGAAAGGAGGGAAAUAAAUUGUAAUUGUAAUUGUUUUCCAACG